AUGUCGAGAAGAGUUUCAUCAAUUUCGAUUAACCUGUACGACGAAAACGCCAGAAGUCGCUUCAAUUUCGACCCGCCAAACGAUCCAAUCCUCCAUCCAACAACUCCCAACCACGGCAGCAGCACCGGUCACAACAACAACAUCAAACACAAUACCUUUUCAGGUCUUGCCAACAUAUCAAUGCCGAUUUCCACCUCAAACAAUGAAAAUUUAUUAUUGUCACCACCAACGCCACCACCACCGCUUCCACAACCCACCAUCGCAUCGAUUCCAUCGAUGCUUACCCCAAUCCACUCCAUGUUCACCACCAAGAUGAUCUACCAUCCACCGAGCUUCACCCGGUUCUCAGAAAACCACAAUUCAUGCGAAGCCAAGUUGAAAAACAUGAUGAUGCUGGAUGAAAGCUACGAUUUCGUGUUGAACCCCUGUUGUGACCGGCCAAGCUGCAAAUUUGUUCGCAAUGCCAUAAUUAAGCAAAGCGAGAAAAUGGGCGGCAGCAUCGUUAGUUUCAUUGGCUCAAUUGACUCCGAGGAGAACGACGAGAAGGAGGAGAAGGAGGAAAACAAGGAGAAUGAAGGAGAGGAGGAAGCGGUGGAGGAGCACGAUAUGGAGAUGAGUGACGUGGGUCAAGAUGGCAACGAGAGCCUGGAACUCGCCCUUUUGGCUAAAGCCGGAUCAGGUGAAGCCGAAGAGGACGACGACGUGCCUGAAGUUGACGCGAUCAGAGUUGCCAGACGUGAAGAAAGGGAAUGCACCGUUGCGCCAUUGCGCACUGAUUCAAUAGAAAAGAUUCUCCGUUUUAAAUCAGUGAGUGAUGCAAAUGACGGAGAAGACGACGAAGAAGAAGAAGAAGAAGAAGUUAAAGAUGGUUGUUCAGCUUCGAUUGAUGAUGUCGAUGGGUGUAUCAGACAAAUGACAUUCCAGGCUCAAGUCGAUGAAAAAUUAAAGAAAUUAAAGAGUAUUUUCCGUGGAAGAGGCUUGCAUCGCCAUCAUAGACAUCGGGCCAACUCAGUUUCAAAAGCAUAG